AUGGCAGAUGAAUAUCAUGGUCUUAUAUUUACAAGUAAACGAGCUGUCGAAGCUGUUCAACAAGGCCUUACAGAUGAUGAUCGAAAACGAUGGCAACGAGUAUAUGUUGAAGGACCAGCAACAAGUACAUUAGUUAAAGAAUUAUUUGGUUCAACAGUUAAUAUUUCUGGUGCUGAAACUGGUGGUGGUGAAUCAUUAGCUGAUUUCAUUAUAAAAGAUGUACAUAAUAUAGACGGUAAGAUCAAUCUAUUAUUCCCAUGUGCACAAGCUCGAUUAGAUAUAUUACCAAAACGAUUAUCAGCUGAACAAGCAAUUCAUCUAGAUGAAAUAAUAGUUUAUGAAACAAUUCCAUCAGAUAGUCUUGAUCAAGAAUUACAAGAAUAUCUUACAACUCAAGGAACCCCGGAUGUUCUUGGUUUCUUUAGUCCAAGUGGAUUUGAUAGUGUGCUCAAAGCAAGUCAACGAAUUGGUUUUGAUUUCACAAAUAAUAAAUCCACUUUAAUAAGUUUAGGUAAAACUACAAGUGCUGCUAUUCGAAAUACUCUUGGAGAAAUCUCAUUCGAUGAACGUUCAUGUUCGAAGCCAACUGCAGAGGAAUUCCUUCGUGUUGUACAAAAUAUUAUUUAG